AUGGUCAGCGCUGCGUCUCUCGUGGGCCUCUUGUUGGUGCCGGCGGUGCUGGGCUCCCACUCGUCAUCCAAGCGUGGUCUCUGCUUCACUCCCAACAUCCACCACCCCGAGGACAACAAGCUGUGGUCGCAGUCGGGGAGUGCUCUGAAGUGGUACUACAACUACCAGAGCCUCCCGUCGCCAGCCUACUCUAGCCUCUCCCAGGAUGAGUUUGAGUUCAUCCCGAUGAUGUGGGGCAUCGGCCAAAACAGCAACGAUACCGCCUUCUACGAUGCGGUAAGGAAGCUCGUCGACGACGGCACCAGCAUCAAGCACGUUUUCGGAUUCAACGAGCCCGAUGGUCCCCGAGCCCAGGGUGGCAGCGACGUGACGCCGAGGGACGCCGCGCAAGCGUGGGUCGCCAACUUUGAGCCCCUCGGCAAGAUGGGCAUCAAGCUGGGGCUCCCGGCCUGCACCGGUGGUUGGGGAGGCUUGCCUUGGCUGACGCAGUUUCUCGCCAACUGCUCCGAGCUCGUCAGCGCCGGCGGCGAAAGGAAGAACUGCACCUGGCACUUUCUCCCCGUCCACUGGUACGACAACUUUGAAGGGCUGGCCUCGCACAUUGGCGAGCGGAGGGCCGCGUUCCCCGGCGCCGAGAUCUGGGUGACGGAGUACGCGUACGCGCACCGGGACCUCGCGGCGACGCAAGAGUUUUACAACCAAAGCAUCGACUACUUUGACAAGCUCGACUACAUCGGACGCUACUCCUACUUUGGCGCCUUUCGCGCGAACAAGGCCAACGUCGGACCGAACGCGGCCUUUCUCAACAAAGGCGGCCAGCUGACGGACAUUGGGUCGUGGUACCUCGGCUUUCGUGCGACGGGCGUGAAGCCCGAGAGCGGGCCGGCGUCCAUGGCGGUGCCGAAUCUGGCCUUUGCGGGAGUCGGCCUGGUCACCGGUCUCAUCGCCAGUUGGCUGUAG